AUGCCAUUCACCAUACAGCAGUGUGCAAUACCUGCAGUCAUCUUUCUCAUCUGCAUCAUAGCAUAUCCGUCGCUGUGGUUGCUUCGUCACCUCGGGCCCCAACCCCUGACCAAACAGCAAUCCAUCAUACUCCAUGUAUAUGCCUUGGUGAUCCUCUUUUGCUACUACAAGGCAUGUUUCACAGACCCGGGUAGAAUUCCGAAAGAAUGGGCGCCCAAGCAGAGCCAACUGGUCAAAGAGAAGGACACUCAACGCCAAAGAUGGUGCCGUAAAUGCCAGGCUUACAAACCACCACGGGCUCAUCACUGCAAGACAUGUGAGAGGUGCAUCCCCAAGAUGGANNCCACCACUGAGAGAUCUCCCGANNGUUAUUUUGGCCCAAGUCCGGCUUUGUUGUUUGGUCUCUUCCUCAUCACUGCCUUGAACUCCGUGGUUGUGUUUGCACUGUUCAUCUUGCUUGCUCGCACACUAUGGUGCCUAGGCGCAAAUACAACCACUAUCGAGGGUUGGGAGAUUGAGAGACACGAGACAUUGCUUCGCCGUGCAAGAUACCUUGGUGGAGUCCUCGAAGGCCCUAAUGGAGCGAAGGUACGCAUCACCAGGCAGGAGUAUCCAUGGGAUAUUGGAAUCUUUUCGAAUAUUGCUCAAGGCAUGGGUAGCUGGAAUCCUCUUGCCUGGUUCUGGCCUUUUUCUUUCACCCCUUCCGUGGAGAGUGGACUGGAAUUCGAAGACAAUGGUCUUGAAGGUAUGUGUAUGUGGGUACGUGUUUGGUUCUUCGCUAAUAAUAUGCAGNCUCCGGGUACUACAUGGCCGCCACCAGACCCGGAUCGAAUGUUCCGCAUGGCACCUAAAGAAAGAGCUUUCGAUCCAGCGAACGCUUUCACUCAUUCUAUGGAUCCGGACGAGGUAUACAAGAGGCAGCAGGCUGACCGCAUGCGACCUUCUCCCAUCGCAGAUACUUCCGAGCUUCGACGCAGGCAUCCCUUCCAUGUGCGGCAUGACAAGAACAACAUUCGUAGACAUGACGACGAAGACUAUGCUUAUGGCACUGACUACGGAUCAGACGGCGAGGAACAAGAUCAAGAGGCAUAUGAAUGGCAACCAAAACCAGGAGAAGGUGAAGAAGGCUGGCGAAACUCGGAGGGCGAGAGAUUGGACGACUUUGGCGUUGACGAGGACGUCGAGUUUUACGAUGAGGACGAUGUGCCUCUUGGUGAGCUGAUGAAACGGAAAAACUUGGCUAAUGGUAACUCGGCUUAUUAUUGA